ACAAAACAAUUGGAUUGCAAAUAAAAUAAAUAACUAUAAACAAUGUCCGACGAAUAUGCGUGUGCAGCCAAAGGCAAACUGAAGCUCAAAAGCGACACUGAACUGAAGAAAAAGAAGAAGAAGCAAAAGAGCAAGGAUAAGGAGAAAGAUGCAUUGCAGCGAGCCUUUCUUGAGCAGCAAAUCAGCGAAACGGCAGCCUCAACUGGAGCAACUUCAUCCAGCAGCAACUAUGAACGAAAGUUAACCAAAGCCGAGCUGGCCAGCAAGAAGCAACAGGAGAAGAUGCGAAACAAACGCAUCAUGGACAAGGCACAAACGACACACAAAGAGCGCGUGGAGAAAUUCAAUGAGCAUCUGGACACAUUGACGGAGCAUUUCGAUAUACCCAAAGUGUCCUGGACGAAAUAGAAAUGCCAGCAUCUCAACUUUAAGUGUAAUUUGGGUGAAAUUGUAUUAAAAAACACGUAAAAUGAA